AUGGAUUCAAGCCUUCCAGAUAUUCUUUAUCGAUUCAAUAACAAAGUAUUCUCCAAGUACGAUCCUCUGAGCCUCAUAAAGCGUGCCAUACCUUCCAGCGUCCCCUUAAAAGUUACCGAGAUUCUACCUCGUCUUAAAGAAGGAGGCGCAUUUGUCAAAUUCUCGCAUGACCACACUAUAACGGCCAGGGAAAUCGAAGGUCUAAUCUCAGGAUAUCUCAAGGAGAAGCCUGUCAAACCUUGGUUUAACCCCUUUCGGCAGAUGAGAGCAAAGUUGGUACUUGGCAAACCCUGGCUAGAAGACCUAUAUAGAUUCCCAAGUACGCGAAUCCGUGUCGAGUUCGUUCCUUGUACUCCUGGAGGCGAGGUAGCCGAACUUUCACAGGAGACAUUGUAUAGCUUGUUUCGAAAGUAUGGAAAGAUUGCCGAGAUCUCUUCUCAACCUUCAGACUCCAAGGUCUUACCAAAGUUUGCUAUACUGGAUUUUGCAAAUCUCAGACAUUCGAUAAUGGCCAGGAAUUGUUUACAUGGUUUCAAGGCUACAGAAGAAUUUGGUGGCGGGAAGGCUGGCACUACACUUCGACUAUCCUUUGAGCCCAAGAUGCAGGCUCACCAUAUCAGGGAAUGGCUUACCAGCCAUCCACGUGUGGUGAUUCCAGCCGUGGCUGCAAUCCUUGCUACUGUAACGGUUGCGGUGUUUGAUCCUAUCCGAACUUUCUUCAUUAAGGCACAUAUUGAUCACGCUUUCAGUCUUAAGGACAAUAAGAUCUACGCAUGGUUUGCAAGUCAAGCAAAGGAUGUUUUUUCAUUCCGCGUGCAUAAAGCGGAAGAGGCAAGCCUUAGCGCAAUUUGGGAUGAUAGGAAGCAGGCUAUUGAAGAUCUCCAAACUUGGCUUAUGGAGACCGCUGAUACCUUUAUCGUUGUUCAGGGGCCACGAGGAUCGGGAAAGAAAGAGCUCAUCAUUGAUCAAGCACUCAAAGGUCGGCCAAAUACCUUACUCAUAGACUGCAAACCCAUUCAGGAAGCAAGAGGUGACUCUGCCACAAUUGCGGCGGCAGCAGCUGCUGUUGGAUAUCUUCCAGUCUUCUCUUGGAUGAAUAGUUUCAGCAGUUUGAUUGAUUUAGCCGCACAAGGUACAAUCGGCGUGAAAUCUGGAUUUUCAGAAACCUUGGACUCACAGCUUGCAAAGAUUUGGCAAAACACUGCGACUGCCUUAAAGCAGGUGGCUCUACAAAACCGGAAGAAAGAUGACAAAGACGCUUCUUUGGCAGAUGAUGACUGGCUUGAGGCACAUCCGGAGUAUAGACCUGUGGUUGUGAUUGAUAAUUUCUUGCACAAGAAUGAGGAUAGUAGCAUCGUUUACGAUAAGAUAUCGGAAUGGGCAGCUGGACUUACUACUUCUAACAUUGCUCAUGUCAUAUUCCUAACCAACGAUAUCUCUUAUUCAAAAUCUUUGAGUAAAGCGCUUCCAGAUCGAGUCUUUAGACAGAUAGCGCUCGGUGACAUUACUCCUCAAGUAGCCAAGAAAUUUGUCAUUAGUCAUCUAGAAAACGACCCAGAAAAUCCUACUGACAGAUCAGAGAAGCUUUCAGAAUCCCAAAGACGAGAUGAUCUCUCCGAAUUGGAUGAGUGUAUCGAGGUUCUAGGUGGUCGAUUGACUGAUCUAGAAUUCUUGGCACGUCGAUUGAAAACUGGACAAACCCCCAAGCGCGCCGUGGCAGAGAUUGUGGAGCAAAGUGCUUCGGAAAUCAUGAAGAUGUAUUUGCUAUCUGCUGAAAAGGGCGACCGAAAAUGGUCGGUUGAGCAAGCAUGGUACUUGAUUAACUCACUUGCUGAGAACGAUACUCUUCGGUAUAACCAGGUCCUGCUCUCUGAUACAUUCAAAUCAUCCCUUACACCAUCCGCGACGAAUGGAGAAAGUGUUCUGGAAGCUCUCUCCGCAACCGAGUUGAUCACCAUCAAGAGCUACAAAGGACGUCCACAAAGCAUCAAAGCUGGAAAACCAGUCUACCAAGCUGCCUUUAGAAUGUUAAGCGAAGAUCGUGUAUUACGAAGUAGACUUGACUUGGCAGUCCUUACAGAACUGACCAAGAUUGAGACGAAGAAUAUUGAUAAGUAUGAGAAUGAGUUAGUAAUGCUUGGUACAUUGCCUAAGCAACCUUAUGAGGUUGCUCCUCGUAUCCAUUUCCUAUUGAACAAAUUAGCGGCGAGUCAAAGAAAAAUUGAGGCUUGGGAGAAGGAGAUGGGAUCCUUAAAGAAGGUGUUGACGGUCGAAUAUUGA